AUAUGACCGUAAAAUAAAUAUAUUUAAAUUAAUGGAGUUAUUGUAAGGAGAGCAGCAGAUAUAAACUGAGUGCUAUAGAGUAAUUCAUGAUUAUUAAUAAUUAUAAAUGGACGAAGUUCAAUUGUAUUACAAAUUAUUAGUAAACUAAAGAAACUGGCGGAUAAAAUGCCAUCUCUAAGAACAAUUUAUGAUUGCAUGUUCUCUCCAAAAUUACUCAAAAUAUAUGGGAAUGGACCCGCAGAAAAGUACUACCAACCCAGUUCCUUGGAAAAAUGGAGUGGCAAAGUGAUAAAUUCAAUCUACGUGAUAUGGCGCCUGGGCAUCUACACCUCGCCGGCGCUGGCCGCCCUCCUCUACCAGCGCGGCUACUUCGACCUCGACGGCCUGCUCGUCCUGAGCCAGCUGGCGGCCGGCGUGGGAGUGGUUCUGGUCGCGUCGAUGUGCGCACGCGCCAUGAGCCGGGCGGAUGACCCCGCCUACCGGCAGUUCGUCGACGCGCUCAGGGCAGCCCGAAGGGCGAGCGAGAUGAGCGGGGAGACGAAGCGUCGGCUGAGGGCGUACGAGUUCGGGUUCGCUAGUUGGCCGGUGGAGUACAAGUGUCGCGACACUAUUCGGCAGAACAGACAACUCACCAGCAGCAAGCCCUUACAUCUCAAUCUGAUGCAGUCUCUUCUGCAAAUUCCCUAUAAAGCCAUUGCCUAUGUGGCUAUUCACACAUUCGGCAUACGAUUAAUUUACCCAGGCAGUAUUGGAUUACUCCAGAUGGUACUAGAGCAAAGCCUGCUGCAGGGUAGAUCCAGACUGAUAGAAGUGUUCAGAGGUGAACGAUUCAAAAUAGAGACGGCGGACGAGAACGAGAUCGACGCGAUGUUCGUGAACAACAGAGGCGUGUCGACGAACGGCAACACCCUGGUGAUAUGUUGCGAGGGCAACGCCGGCUUCUACGAGAUCGGCAUCGCGAUGACACCGCUAGCCGCCACCUACUCCGUGCUGGGAUGGAACCAUCCGGGAUUCGCCGGUAGUACGGGUCGACCGUAUCCCCCACAAGAACAGAACGCCAUGAAUGCGGUCAUACAAUUCGCAGUGCACAAACUCCACUUCAAAUUAGAAAAUAUUCUCCUAUUCGGAUGGAGCAUUGGGGGAUAUUCAACGUCGUGGGGAGCUAUGAAUUACCCUGAAAUCAAAGGAGUGAUACUGGACGCUACCUUCGAUGACGUAUUACCCUUAGCUGUCAAUCACAUGCCUAGCUGGUGGGGGCCAAUAAUAAACAUAGCGAUAAGAGAGCACGUCAAUCUGAAUAUAUUCGAGCAACUUUCCAAAUAUCCUGGACCCGUUUUAUUGUUCAGGCGUACCGAGGAUGAAGUUAUUUGUCUGAGUGAAGGCGACCUAUCAUCGAACAGGGGCAAUCAUUUGUUGUACAAACUACUACGUCAUCGAUAUCCUUUCAUUUUUGAUGCGCAGCAAUCUCAGUUGCUGCUCGACUAUUUGGCUGUGCCCCAAGGAUAUCAAGAGUUUUUCGCGAAAUAUUCUGUAGAUGAAAGAGUUUGCCAGUCUUUGUUGCAGUCAUACAUUUCAGAGUAUUCAAAGAGUUAUCCCAUGAAGAUUGGAGAGGAUUUCAGUAGCCAAGAUAAAUCAAAAAUGGCAUUAUACCUGGCGAAAAAUUAUAUGAAAGAUUUCAAAUCGACGCAUUGCGUCAAUCUGCCACCCGAGAUGUUUCAACCUCCAUGGGAUGUGACUAUUGAAUCCGACUUCGUCUUCACCUGAUCAAAAAGAUAGGCAUUAUUUAUUGAACCAAAAAAUUUCAAUACCUACCCAAUCUGUAGUUGUGUCCACAUCGCAUUAUCAUUGAAUAAUCUGGUGUCCAGUUAAGGUAUAUAAUUAUUUAUUCGCAAAAAAGACCAUGUACAUAUUUGAAUUAAAAUGGUGAUAGUUGACAAUCUCAA